AUGUCCAAGCUCGAUGACCAUGCAGAUUUGUCCACGGCCUUGAGAUCGCAUCAUUUGGGAACUGCCAGUCCUGCAGCUUCUACCUCUGCUUCAGCCCCAGAGAACCAGACUCGGACCUUGGCUUCGCCAGAGUGGGGCACCAAUCCGCCCAUCAACAUCCGCAGGAAACUGGCCUUGACUCCCUUGCCUACCAGUGGCUUUGAGAGUUCUACAGAGACCAUUGCCUCGGCUGACCUCGCACGGGUGCAAGGUGUCAAGAUUUGCGUUGGCAAGGACAAUUCGGUGUGGCUGCACAAUGUGGGCAGCCGUGAAGUGGACAUCCCUGAUGACCGAACGCUGCUAGCUUUGGACAAGCACCUGCACACCGUGGCAGACAUCUUUUGUGACGUGGCCAAGCAUCGAGGUGUCUCGGAGGAAGGAAACAACCGCAUGUUGCAGUACCGCUACACCGUGUCUUGCAACCCCAUGGUCAAUGCCUUCGUCGCGAAGGACUUGGGAAAUGACACAGAGAGGAUCAACAUGCGGGCAGCGCAAUUGGGGGCUGUCUAUCGCUCCAAGUUCUCACAGCUUCCGCGAGGAAGCAACGCGUGUAUCGUUUGGGAGGCAAAGGUGGAUGAAAGCGUUCCAGCAGUCUUGACACCGAUCAAACCGAAAUACUACUUGCUUGGAACUGUCUCUUUGAAGGCAGGCUUUGCAGUCUCACUCAAGUAG